CCCUCCUUCGCACUUCGCAUCAACCCGCCUUCUCCUCCUGCACUUGCGCCUGGUAUAAGAGUCGCCAUCAUCCGCACUUCGCGACUUCCACUUCUUUUCCUUCUCCAUCCAUCCCACAUCUGUCUACUUGCAUCACGCUCGUACAUCUUCAUCAAUCCAAUUCAUCUCUUCAAACCACACUCACCUUUUUUCCAAUCCAAAAUCAGAAAUGGCUCCCAAAGCUGCUGAGAAGAAGCCCACCACUGGAGGCAAGGCCCCAGCUGGCAAGGCGCCUGCCGCCGAGAAGAAGGAGGCUGGCAAGAAGACCGCAGCGGCACCAUCAGGUGACAAGAAGAAGCGUGGAAAGACGCGAAAGGAAACCUACUCUUCAUACAUCUACAAGGUCCUCAAGCAGGUUCACCCAGACACCGGUAUCUCCAACCGUGCUAUGUCCAUCUUGAACUCAUUCGUCAACGACAUCUUCGAGCGUGUCGCCACUGAGGCUUCCAAGCUUGCUGCCUACAACAAGAAGUCCACCAUCUCAUCCCGAGAAAUCCAAACCUCCGUCAGACUCAUCCUGCCUGGUGAGCUGGCCAAGCACGCCGUCUCUGAGGGCACAAAGGCCGUCACCAAGUACUCUUCCCAGAGCAAAUAGAUGGUUUCAUAAGUUGCAUGAGGAUGCUUGGGUCUUGGGUUUUGCGUGUUUCUUUACUGCAAUGGGGUUGUGGCACAAUGGAACAACGGUGUUGAACGGGUUUUUGCAACACUUCACGAUGCUUCAUGGGAAUCAGAAUCGGGGAUCAAUGAUGAUGAGCUGUGUCAGGCUUUGAAAUUGCUUGCUCAUCAAGAUCAAAUCAUGCUUUACGGGCUUUGUUGGCUUUUCAUCAUGGACAUGGUGAACCAAAUCACUGUACAAUUACUACCAAGAGCCAGAGCAUGAAAUAUCAAGAUUUCAGCUUGGGAAUCCAAACUGAGAUUGAGGUACAGAAAACAAAAUUCAAAGCAUGAAAUGAAUCUUCCUUUUGCAUUGAACA